ACCAAAACAUCGUUUUGCCACUUGCAGCACCCAGGGCACCCAGGGUACACAGGUCCGGGUAGGACGCACUGAGUAUGAUGGAGGCCACAUGGUGUGGCAAGAUCGCGAAAUCUUUAGUGAUAUUUGGAUCAGGGAUUGCAUUAUCAGCUUGUGCUUAUGCAGCAUUUCGAUACUGGAAGAGAAGAGACCCGAAAAGUAUUGAUGAAGGAUUCGAAGAUGUUUCUAAAUUGGAAGAGAGUCCCGAAAAGAGAAUAAUUGUACUUGGAUUGGAGAGUGCAGGGAAAAGCACUGUCCUUGCUCAAGUGACAUCUGGGACAAACAAAAAUGAGGAUGUGAAACCCACAGAAGGUUUCAAUGUAACAUGUCUACACAGUGGAAACAUAUCACUCAACAUUUGGGAAAUUGGUGGUAGUGAAAGUGUGCGGAAGUACUGGAGCAAUUUUCUGCAAGAUACAGACCUUCUGGUAUUUGUGGUGGAUGCAUCAGAUCUUCACAGCUUACCCUUGGCCGUUAAAGAAGUUAAAACUUUAUUGGGAGAUGAUAGACUUACUGGGGUUCCAAUUUUAGUAUUAGCUAAUAAGCAGGACCGACCAGGUGCAAUGUCCCCAGAGGAGGUAGCAGAUGCCCUGGACGUUGGUAGUAUUCCCUCAUCCAAACACAAGGUCAAAGUGUUAGGAACACAAACCCAUCCAAACUCUCAGGCGAGGCAUCCCUCCAUAGCAGAAGUGGAGCGUGUUCUCCUAGUCAUGAGUGGUAACAAUUAACAGCAUUUUAUAAAAGGCAUUGACAAACUGAAGAGUCAUCACCUUCCCAGGUAAGACUCUACGCUGUAUUUAAAACUUACAAAUCUACUAACAGACUGCUUCAGAAAUAGUCUGAUAGCCAGAUUGUUGUUGGUGAUGCUACAGAAUUUACUUUCCCAGAACUUAAAGGUGAUUUAAAUACUUAGUAGACAUCAGUUACAUUGUUUCUAACUGUAUGUGCUUUAUGACAGAAAGUGAUAUCAUAGUGUUAUUUAGCAUUUUUAUUCAAAUAAAAAUCACAUCUAAGCAUAGUCUGUUUGUAUACGAAUAAUGCUACAGAUUAAUGGCUUACUAGUUGAGUGAUGUGCGCUUCAGUUUUCCAUUUUUUUUUAAAUAUGCUACAAGAAUGUUAUCUAAUGAUGCAAGUACCUAAUGAAAAUAGUAUGUUGCCUUUGUAUGAUGGUGUUCCAAACAUUUUUCAAAGUUCCACCUUGUAAUGUGUGUUAAAGACUGCUGCUUGUGUUGCCUGCUUUCAUCUACUGUCUCCGCGCCUGUCCUUCCAAGUUCACCAUACAAAACCAUUCCCUAAUCUCAUUCAAAGCUUUAUAAUCUCAGAGCUGAUAAGUGUCAUUUAUGUACCACUGUCACUCAGUACAGUUUCAGGAUCAAAUAUGCCCAGAAAAUCUUGGGUGAAAGAAAACAUGAUCACGGGAGAUAUUGUUUUUGAGAUUUGAAGAUUAUGAACCAACAGUCUUUGAACAAUGUUACACUGACAGUCCAGUUUGGGCAUAAUAUAACCUCUUGAAGCCUUCUUUUCUGAGCACAGAUCAGAACCAUUGAACAACAUUAGAGACUGUGUAAGAUUUGAGGUUUUCACAGCGGUGACUAUGAAGAAAGCAGUCUUCUGGGGUGUGGCACCACAUCCCAGAAGACUUUCUUCAACAUUAGAGAUUGAUCCAUGAUUUUCAGGGUUUAUAAUAAUGUGGCCUGGAUAUUGGCACAGAACUUGAAAAUAGUGGCUGAUGACUAUUAAUUUUAUAAUUCCGAUGGUAACAGUGUUUGACAGGCCAAGACAGCAUGCUUAUACUAACUUAUAUUUUAAUGUUUUCACAGUUUCAGGGAAGUACAAAUUUGUUCAGCCUUUUCCAGAUUUAAUUACUGUAUUAUGUAAUGUUUAGAUGUUUAAUUAAUCAUUCAUGGUUAAACAAUAACCUAGGGUGGGGACAUGUAUGUAGAUACUAACACAAAGUAAAUAUAAGGCAAUGAACCCUUGGUUUUCACCACAGAUUUCUAAUAAAUAAAAGUGACCGGUGAUUAAAACUGAACAUGCCUAUAACAAAUUCUGCCAUCACUUGAACUGUAAAAAUAUUUGUGUUGAAAAGUGUAUCUGUAAAUGUAAAUUACCUUAUACUGUUGUGAAAACAAAAUUAUCCAAUUGAACAAUCGGUUCACUGGCAUUCUGCUGCAUCAGACUGUAGCAGCAGCAUAUGUCUUUGCAGCUGAUAGCUUUCUGGGGUUGCUCGAUGAGAGUGGUGGGAGCAAACACUUCCAUGAAAUGAAGUAUUACAUCAGCAUUAUGUAUUGUCCUCUUUUUCUGGACAAUAUAGCAGUAAGCCUUUUAAAGCAUAGACAUAUAUAUGUUUAUAUAAUACUUUUAUUAUACAGUCCAUGAAGCCUUUCUGUUUUUUUAACUCGACCCAUUUAUGUAAUACAAAUGUACUGUUGUAUUUUUAAUAUAAAAUAAUUGUGCCAUAAUGUGGUUAAAUAUGGUGAAAUAAAAGUGUAGCCUUCACAGAAAAGUGUUUUGUUACUUAGUAUGUCAUACAGAUUGCUCCUGUUCCUGUGGAUACAGGGUGGAUGUCUGGGGUUCAAUUGCUGGCAGGGGCAAGAGAUUUUUAUCUAUUCCACAGCAUCCAGACUGGCUCUGGGGUCCAUUGAUCAUCA